AUGACCUUGACUACGUUCCACGACACGGGAUGGGCCUCUCAAACCUCCCCGCAAGUCUCCGCACAUGCUCGUCCAGUCCCCAAAAAGGGGCGCCGGCAAACAGGCACGCCAUGGACUCGCUCCGGCUGUCUGACAUGUAAGAAACGUCGCAAAGGGUGCGAUAAGGCUAAGCCAAGCUGCAAAAAUUGCCUCAAACAAGGCCGCAAGUGUGAGGGCUAUGGCGAUCUCUGGGUGGAGCCACUUGGUCCAUCGGCUCAGGUAUUCAUGCAGGCGAAUGCCUCGAAGCCGCCUCAAUUAACGGCUCACUCUCCUGCUCACCAAUUAUCACCGUCACCGUCGGUAUCGCCAUAUUCUUAUGCAUGGCACGAUACGCAGCUAUCUCCAGUCUCAUUGGACUGUUCUGCGUCGUCCUCGCCACUACGGUUUGUUGACAUUGAGACCGAAGAGACUAUCCAAGAUCAAGCCACAACCAAAUCAACGGAGUUUAAUGGUCAAGAUAACUCAGCAGUCAUCAUGCGACCUCAAGGGUAUCCUAUCCCUAGUCACCUUUCGGGUCAUGAAUCAUACUAUCUACAAUACCAUGUAGAGCAUGGAUCCAAACUCCUCGCCAAUCUCGAACGUGAUGACAACCCACUACGGUCCCUGCUAAUUCCAUGCGCCAUGUCCUCUCCAUUAUUGAUGAAGGCUGUAUGUGCGGUCUCGGCUCUUCACCUCGCGAAUCGUUCACGUGAGUUCAUUGCACAGAAUGCCGCAGCGACUUUCUAUGGCCACACUCUUCGCGGUAUUCGGACAGCAAUCGCUCAAUGCUCCACUGACUUACUUCCUGAUGACGCUAUGCUCGCAGUGGGCUUGAUGUGCAAGUACGAGAUUGUUCGUGGCAGCAUCAAACAGUGGGUUGUGCAUCUCCACGCAAUGCAGCGUCUCAUCGCGUCUCGUGGUGGCCUCGGGUCUAUGAACCCAGAUGCGGCACUUUUUCUUCGAGGAUUAUUUGUCUACUCUUAUAACAUGGCUCGCAUCAGCGCCCGCAAGCCCAUCGCAUAUUCUGACCCCACAGACACCGACAUCGGUCCUCCAAAAUUAGAUAUCUAUAUCGGGUUCACUGAGGAGAUCCUCAAACUUUGCGGACGCAUCGCAGAGCUACCUUCGCUGCGAGACGAUCGCAUUUCUCUAAGUCUGGCGAUAGCAUCCAUAAAUGACUCACUCCUAUCAUGGACCCCCACAUUAGUCGACUUUAUCAUCCCGGAGGGCAUUACAUCCGCUACUCUAACCCGACUCCAGCUCGUCGCAGAGUGCUUUCGCGAAGCAGCGUUUAUUUUCCUCCACUCGACGCUUGAACGCAUGAGUGCGAAGUCUGAUACCCCCCAAAUACCAUUCGACCCAGAUGCAUACUCCAUUAACACCCCCACAUUACCCUGCGAGGACAAUCUGUAUCUUAUGGAAUGGGCCCCUCUAAUCUCAACACCGAAGUCGAUCGCCAUUCAGCGCUGCCUCGCACGCGUGAAGACCUUUCCCCUCGACGAACACUGCGAGUACUCGGCUCUUACGUUCCCACUAUUUAUCUCCGGCUGCGAGACCGAAGUUCUCGCGCACCGCGAUCUUAUCAUUUGCUUUUUAGGCAAGUUGCAGACCAAUUUUGGCAUUGGGAAUGUCGAGCGCGCAAAGGAAUUACUACGUAUCCUCUGGGCGAGACAAGAUGCCAACGCACAAGAUAUUGCAGCUGGAGGCACAGUGUUGAGGAAAACUCAUUGGAUGGAUAUCCUAGAAGAGUUGCAAUGGGAGUUAAGUCUCGCGUAG